ACUCACUCACCAACUUAUAUUCCUACACAACUAACACAACUUCUUAAAUACCUCACUUCUUCUCUAACUCACAUAUCAUCAUCAUACUUCCCCCUCUCUAACUAACAUCACUAUCUCUCUCUCUCUCCUUCUCUCUCCCUCGACUAGAUUUCGCACUAUAAGAAAAAUCCUGAUCCGCCUAGGUUUACUUGUUCGAUCUUCGUCAGACGACUGUGUAUUUAAACUCUAACAAAUCAACUUUAAAACAUAACUUGGUUUCAGUCGUUUGACCUUGAUCAGACGGAUUCAUUUUUUCACAUUCUUUCUCUCUCUCUACAACAACUUUGGUCCUAACAAACAUCCACCACUCUUGUACAAGCAACAAAUCCACCACCAUCCUACAAAAGCACUACUAAACUUUCUUCAACAUCACUCUCCUUUACUUAUUAGAGAUGAAAGUGAAAGCAUUGAGUAUCUUUAAAUCCAAGUUUCUCAAACCAUGCAAAAAGCUAAUACUUUUCUUCAAACUCAAACCCAAGAAACUUGUAUUUAUAAGAGUUCUCAAAAAAUCUAAACCACAAAAACCCUCUUCUCCAUCAAAACCAAUGUCCUCUUUGUUAUCCGCAUUCCGUUCCCCGAAGAAAUCCAAUGAUUUCGACAAGUUGCAAAGCUUCAAGUCUCCUUCCAACGUGCACGAAACACCGAUCUUUCCAUCACCACUUACACCGGCUUGCGUAAGGGCAAACAAAAGAGAAGGCUCCAAAAGUGAAGCUUCGAGCGAAGAAGUGGAAGAUGCGUGCAGGAGCUUCGAGAACUAUUUGGCAGAGAUGAUUGUGGAAGAAGGGAAGACUAAGGACUUGAUGGAUGUUGAAGAACUUCUAUAUUGCUGGAAGAAUCUCAAGUGUCCUGUCUUCAUUGAUUUAGUUUGUAGAUUUUAUGGUGAGCUUUGCAAGGACUUGUUUUCUUCAGAUAAUGAAGAAAGUUACAAGCUUAUGGAGUAAGAACAACUCAACAUAAAUAGAUACUAAUCAUUCUUUUAUUUUUACAAAAGUUUUCAAUUUCAUGUGGUUGUAAGAAACAUUUUAUAAAUCAAGAGUUUAGUCAUGGACGUUCUGAAAUAUACAUUAAAAUGAAAUCAUCAUAGAAAGAUAUAUAAGGUAUUCAUGUCUUAAGAUUACACAUAUAGUGAUGAUGAUUCAAAGUUCUAGCAUAUCCUAGAAAUCAUUGUUAUCUUGACUAACUAAGGUAACAUCAAAAGUAUUCAAGCACAAAAUUAGGUUGUUCGGUAAGCCGAAAUACCGGUUAAAGUGGUGACCAUUUAGCUUGAACGGUCUUGCGAAGCAUAGACUCGAGACUUCACGAUCAUCGGUCCAAUUUUAAACCCUGGCAUGAUCAUAAACUGAACUUUAUAGGUUGCGAGUUGUUCUUCAUCGGAAGGACUUGCGAACUCGUUUUCUUUCCCAACAGAUUCCAUGUAUGAACUUGAAAAGAUGCUGCCUUUGCUCACAGAAAACAUGGUUGCAUUAGGAUCUAUUGUGACUGCAGAUCCGAGUAAAACCCAAAUCCAUUUUGCCAUUCUUGCAAAUAACUGAUAGAAUUCUGUUCUUGGAUGCUUGCCGCUCGAUAUGAAUUCGCGGUAAUCCGAAUUUCCAAAGAAAGACUCUUCCAUUUCAGGAUGGACAACUAGAAGAUAUUUCGCUCGGCAAAAUCUAGCGAAGUCUGACUCUGGAUUCUCCAUUAGCGCAUCGUACGGGUCAUCAAACUUCAUAACAUCACUCACAUCAUAGGAAGUUAACGCAAUACCAUGAAACAUUCUCCGUCCAAUGUAGGCCUCAAAAGCAUAUUUCUUGUCGCAUUUUCUCGAAUAUACAGCAUUGUUCGCAAUCGACUUUGUUGCCAUAUCAAGAUCCCAACCCGAAGCUUUCAUCAAACUAAUCAAAGGUUUCGCGAAAUCAUGAAUAGAUUUCGAAGCAGCCUUGAAGACAUCUUGAAACUUAGCAACACUCAACACACUUGAAUUUUUCCUAUGCUCUAACCUAAUCUGUUUGAUCUUCUCAUUCAGAUUCUUGUUCCCUAUUUCCAAAUUGUCACGCUCUUGCCGCAACCGAAGAAGCUUAAAAUCUUUCGCACUUUUUCGAGACUUAAGCUUCCCUAAAAAAGCCUCUUUUGCCACAAUUUCUUUCAUAAAAAGAUCAUAAAGUUCAGCAUUGAUAAUCGCUUUCUUAGACUGCUUCUCCUUAUACUCACUCUUAAACUUGCAAAGCUUCCCAAUCUCAGCCACAACAACAUCAUCAGCAGCAACAAUCUUUUUCGGAUCAUAAGGAAUAUGAGCUUGUUGAAGCUCAAGAUAUGCAAACUUCAAAUCUAAAACAGAAUCAAAUAUCUUAUUCAACAUCACCAAAUCACCAGAAGAAUCCUCUUUGGUUUUCACUUCAACAAUACAGUGAGGAUGAACUUCAACCGGUUUGUGCAAAUGUUCAAGAUUAGGGAUUUCAGAAGUGAAAACCCCAAUAGACUUCAAUUUACAAACUUUGGCAAGUUUGUAAACCAUUUCUGAUAUAUUUGAGCUGGGUUUCACAGGUUUAGUGUUUGUUGAUAACUCCAUGAUAAAGUUCAAAUUUUUAACCUUUACACAUCAAUCUAAGAGUGACCCUUCAUCUUCACAUCAACAAAAAAGCAAAACAAUUUGCAAAUUCAUGCACAAUAGUACAUUUGAUAAAUGGGUUUUCAUAAAAAAAAGU